GGCAUCUGCCAGCAGGACUUCAGAGGAAUGCGAAACCAAAUCAUUUACAAGUUAAAGAUAGACGCAGAAAACACGGCAUCCUGAGCCAGGGUUUAAAUUCAUCCCUCUCCGCCUGGCUCCUCGCAAAGCUCUGGUUGUCAGCUUCCCUCUGCCUCCUCUCAAGACUUAAAUACUCCCGUAAAAAUCACAUAAUUCUGGAUUCCUUGGAAUUACUGAGGUGGCCAAAGAGAUCAUGGUGCAUACCAUAGGCUUCCCACUGGAAUGCAUCUUUUGGUGGAAUUAGAGAAACUGCAGGAUGCACAUGAACUGAGACAUGAUUAGACAUAGCUCAUAUGCCAGAAGAUUGACAGUCAGUGCAAGAAGAUAGCAGCUUCCAUGAGUUCAGUGGUAUGUCCACAGACAACUGUAGAAUGAUUGAAGAUUGCGGGAAAAGAGGAAAUACCAUGGCAGAAAGAAGGCAGCUGUUUGCAGAAAUGCGGGCUCAAGAUCUGGAUCGCAUUCGUUUGUCCACCUACCGAACAGCCUGUAAGCUCAGAUUUGUUCAGAAGAAAUGCAACUUGCACCUGGUGGACAUCUGGAACGUGAUAGAAGCACUGCGAGAAAACGCCCUCAACAACCUGGACCCCAACAUCGAACUGAACGUGGCUCGCCUCGAAGCUGUGAUUUCGACGAUCUACCAGCUCAACAAACGGAUGCCGACGAUCACC